UAAAAAAAUAAUUGGAUAAAACCGUCUUGGGAGCUCUGAAAUCUACAAGGCUGGAAUGACCAAUCCCCUCUCCAACGGUAUGCAGCCUCUCCGGAAGGAGCACUUGUACAAGGUGCUAGUUAUUGGGGACCUGGGGGUCGGGAAGACCUCCAUCAUCCGGCGCUACGUCCAUCAGACCUUCUCCUCUAACUACAGGGCAACGAUUGGGGUCGACUUCGCCUUGAAAGUCUUGAACUGGGACUCAGAGACUGUCCGGCUCCAGCUGUGGGACAUUGCAGGUCAGGAACGUUUUGGGAACAUGACACGAGUGUAUUACCGUGAAGCCAUGGGAGCUUUCAUUGUGUUUGAUGUAACACGACCUACGACAUUCGAGGCCGUCAUUAAGUGGAAGGAAGACCUGGAUUCUAAAGUAAUGCUGGCUGAUGGACAGAGCAUUGCAACAGUGCUGCUGGUUAACAAGUGUGAUCAGGGCAGAGAGCUGACCAACAAUGGCAUCAAAAUGGACCAGUUCUGCAAAGAACAUGGCUUCGUUGGUUGGUUUGAGACUUCAGCUAAGGACAAUCUGAACAUAAACGAAGCUGCAAACUUCCUGGUCAAGCACAUCAUGGCCACCGAGAGCAAUAUCCUAAAAUCUGUGGUGCCUGACACCAUCUCACCACAAAUCUACUCCAACAAUCAGAUGAGCUGCUCUGCCUGCUUCAAAUAA